GGGGGAGUGUGCAAGGCCCACUUGCCACUGAUGACGGAUUCCCUUCCAGACAGCCCUUGUGAAAUCACUGUGGCCCAGGGCAAGAGGGGUAACAGUAGGAAGUGUGUGCGCGAGGGAGGCCGCCCGAUCUGCCACUUCAUUUCCCCAGAUUCCAACAUGGGCGGGAACCCACUGAAGGAAGAUGCUCCAACCUGGGCUCCGCAAGAAGCGCAGGAGGAGAGAUUGUGUCCGACGUACGAGGACGAGCAGUGAUCGUGGACGGGCAGAGCACAAAAGUGCCAGGGAAGAUUGGGAAUCAGAGAAGAGGACCAGUGGUUGUGAGGGAAUGUGAUGUAGGACAAAAGCCAGAGCCUGGUGAAUGGCGAAGAGCUCCCCUGCCAGAACAGAAUGAGCAGGGUCCAACGUUUAACACAGGGAGAUGGUAUAGACCUUGAAAUGGCAACUUCAGUAAAGAAGAUCCAAACUCUGCGAACUCUUAUUCGAGAGCUGCGUAGAUCUCUUGCAGAUAAUGAGAAGCUGAGACACUCUGCAUCCUUCUCAUAUAUAAUGAAGCAGUACCGCUGUAAUGCUCUGACUGAUGAGCAGUAUUGCCGCCAGCAGGAAGAGAUGGCGCAUCUGGCCAACACUUGUGCUACAUACUUGGAGUCCAGCAGAAAAUACCUCGAACUACACAAUGAAUACCAUAGUCGUGGUGAGAGGACCGUUAAGGAAACUGCUGACAUCGUAGGCUUUAAACUGCCCAAUGAUCCAUAGUCAUCAGUGUACAUGAUGUAAUAUUGUUUACAAUUAUGUGAGGUACAUAGUUUGCUGUAAGAUGUUGCAGGGAUUGCAUGUAUAUUACCCGCAAACAGUGCAUGUUUUCACAUAUGAAUCAUGCAGAUAUGGCAACUACAUUUAGUGUGUGAUGAAAUUAUUAUUACAAUCAGAACUAAGUGCUAAAUCCACAGUUGUACUUUUUCUCAUCAUCAUCAGAGUGUACAUGAUUCCUUGACUUAAUAUUUUAUAACCCGGCUUGAUCGUAAAUUUUUUUACUUUGUUUAUUUAAGACAUAAUAUGAUAAUUUGGAGUUUUAACAGAGAUUAUCAUAUGUAAAAUAAUGAAAAAGAAUAAAUAAAUAAGAUUUUAGUAUAAUGCUUUCGGUAGAGAGAACAAGAAGUUGCAGUUGCAAAUGAAGAAUAAAGUAGAGUUAUAAGUACAGUAAAGUGAUGGAAUAAUAUCAUAGUUUAACCCGUAAACGGUCCAAGCAGAUCUACGUUCACGUGUAGUGCUACAAAAGUAGAUCUAAGUUUUUUUACAUAUUUUCAAAUAUAACAAAAAAAAAAGUAGAUCAGAGUUUUUUUUUCACAUUUUCAAAUGUAGAAAAACAAAAAGAUCUACUUUUUUUACAUACUUUCAAAUGUUGAAAAAACAUAUAUACGUUUGGACCGUUUACGGGUUAAAAGAGGAGAUUGUAAAUGCAAAAACAGUUGGAGGGUUUAGUACAGUGGACCCUCAGCUAACGAUAUUAAUCCGUUCCUGAAAGCUCAUCAUUUGCUGAAAUUUUCGUUAGCUGAAUUAAUUUUCCCCAUAAGAAAUAAUGGAAAUCAAAUUAAUCCGUGCAAGACACCCCAAAGUAUGAAAAAAAAAAAAAAUUUACCACAUGAAAUAUUAAUUUUAAUACACACAAACUGACACUUACCUUUAUUGAAGAUCUGGUGAUGAUUGAUGGGAUGGGAGGAGAGGAAAGUGUGGAAGUUGUUAAUGUUUAGAAGGGGAAUCCUCUUCCAUUAGGACUUGAGGUAUCAAGUCCUUUUCUGGGGUUACUUCCCUUCUUCUUUUAAUGCCACUAGGACCAGCUUGAGAGUCACUGGACCUCUGUUGCACAACAUAUCUGUCAAUAGAGCUCUGUACCUCCCAUUCCUUUAUGAUUUGUCUAAAGUGGUUCACAACAUUGUCAUUGUAAUAGUCACCAGCACAGCUUGCAAUAGCUGUGUGAGGGUGAUUUUCAUCCAUAAAGGUUUGCACUUCAAGCCACUUUACACACAUUUCCUUAAUCUCUUUCUUCAUAUCCAUAGUAAUUCUCACCCUUUUUCCUGAAGGGUUGGCACUAGAGGCUUUCUUGGGGCCCAUGGUGACUUAUUUUGCAGGUACAAUCACUAAAAACGCUGUGAUAAUAUGAAAUGUUCCGAUUGUAUGCGUGGAUGCGACCGCACUGGCUGGCUUGUAAACACUGGCACCCACCCACGCGUCUCGAAUAAAUCGCGUAGGGUGAGUUUUUUAGCGUUAGCUGAGGCAAAAUUUUUGUGUUAAAAUGUAUCGUUAGCUGGAUUUAACGUUAGGUGAUGUCAUUGUUAGCUGAGGGUCCACUGUACUUAUUUUUUAUUAUAAUAAUGAUAAUAAGACAAUAGGAAAUUUUGUAAAAUAGGAUGAAUUAAUUGCUGAAGCUAUGCCCCAUGAAACAGCACUGAUCUUUUAGUUACAAAUAGGUAAUUACAAUAGACAUUUAUAGGAUGUUUUCCUUGUUUUUAUUAUGCCAAGCUGUGUGACCCUUGUGGGUUUAGAGCUUAUCUUUGAUUGUAAUAAUUAUACAGCUAUAACGAGAAUAGAUACAAUAAUUAUUUGCAAAAUGCAACAUUUAUAAUUGUUAGAAUAAUAACAGCAAACAAGAAAAUUUUCGAAAGCAAACUUAGUUAAAUUUCUGUUAAAAUAUAUACACCUACCAUCCGACUUACGACCUGCUCGACAUAUGACCACUCGACUUACAACCAUGUUUUUUAUGCCAAAUUUCUGGGAAAUAAACAACUGUUGGUGUUGUACACAGUGUUUAUCCUAAACCUUACGGUAUAAAAUACAUUACUAACAGCAUAAAAAGUAAAGGAAAAAAUGAAAUACCAAAAUAAAACAAUAAAAUAAUAUCAUUACAAAAGUGCAAUGUUGAUAUUCAGUAGUAAGGUUCGACUUACGUUCAUUUUGACUUACAACUGGUUGGUCGGAACCAAGCUUGGUCGUAAGUUGGAUGGUACCUGUAUGUGGAUUUUACUGUAGAAGGCAGGAGAGUGUAGAUAAGAAAUAAACAUGUAUAUUUUACCUAUUUACUAAUAAAGGACCCCUCAAGGAAGGUUCCUUGAUGUUGGUGAGGGGCUCUUGAUUUAGGGAAUUGGAUCUGUGCUCCAGUUCCCCAAAUUAAGCCUGAAUGCCUUCCACAUCCCCCCCCCCCCCAGGCGCUGUAUAAUCCUCCGGGUUUAGCACUUCCCCCUUGAUUGUAAUAAUAAUACUAAUAAAGGAGAAGGCAGUUAGGGUAAGAUAUAAACAACUGUUGGGAGGAAGAUGGGCCAAGCAGCGAGGUUGAAAAGGUUGAUUUAAGACUGUAGUGUUAGUGUUCAGCAGAAGUGUGUGGUUACAAGAAAGUGGGUGUGAGAGGGAAGAAAAGUGAUGGGUGGAAUGAUGAUGUAAGUGAGAAAAAGUUAGCUUAUGAGAGGUUUUUACAAAGUAGAGGUGAUGCAUUUGAGGAGUCUGUGGAGACAGAGAAUGUUAUCCAUGGAAACAAAGAGGGGAAUGUAUAAGAGUAUAGUUAUACUUUUAUAUGGGUGUGAAGCAUGGGUGGUGAAUGUUGCAACAAGGAGAAGUCUGGAGGCAGUGAAGAUGUGGGAGAAGUCUGAGGGCAGUGUGCAGUGUGAAUAUAAUGCAGAGAUCCAUAGUUUAGAAAUUAGGAGGAGGUGCACUGUUACUAAAAGUAUUAUCCAGAGGGCUGAGGAGGGAUUGUUGAGGUGGUUCAGACAUUUAGAGAGAAUGGAACAAAAUAGAAUGACUUGGAGAGCAUGUAAAUCUGUAGUGCAAGGUGGGCAGGGUAGGGAUCAUCCUAGGAAAGGUUGGAAAGAGGAGGCUUUGUGUGCGAGGGGCUUGGACUUCCAGCAAGCAUGGGUGGGUGUGUUAGAUAGAAGCAAGUGGAGACGAAUGGUUUUUAUGACUUGACAUGCUGUUGGAGUGUGAACAGGGUAACAUAUAUGAAAGGAUUCGGGGAAACUGGCAAGCUGGACUUUAGUCCUGGAGAUGGAAAGUACAGUCUCUGUGCUCUGAAGGAGGAGUGUUGAUGUUGCAGUUUUUUAACUGUAGUUUAAGCGUGCUUCUAGCAAGACAGUGAUGGAGUAAAUGAUGAUAGAAGUGUUUCUUUUUUUUUCAGGUCACCCUACCUUGGUAGGAAAUAGCCAGUGUGUUACUAACAAAAUGAAAAACAAAUGUAAUUUAGCAGAAAUUUCUUUGUGUAUUAUACAGUAUAGUUUUAAUGUAAUUUUGGAUUGAUUAAUACCAUAUUUUAUGUAACUGUAAAGUGUGAUGGCUUAAGAACAUGGAAAUAAUAAUUAUAAAGAUGUAAGUCAUGACUGAAAACUAUUUAGUAUAUGUGUAUUGUGAACAUCAAAACAGUAUACAAUACCUAUAGGUCAGUGAAAUGUUUUAGAUAAAGAUGCCUAACUGUUGCCUAUGUGUCUUACCAGUAUAUAUUGUACAUAAGUAAUAAGAAUUAACUCUCAGUCAAUAAACUUGGAAAAGAUUA